CAAUGUAACUGACACCUCAUGUCUCAUCUCCAUGCAGCGUUAUGUUGAAGCUCAAUGUUGCAUUGUUUCUAACGACUACAAAGGUGGUCUGGAACUUUUCACUGAACUUUUGCAACGAUUUCCUAACAACAUACACAUAUUACUGGAAAUGGCAAAGGUCAAAGCCGUUAUUGGAAAAAAUGAUGAAGCCAUUUUGGAUUUUGAGAAGGUUAGGUCAAUUGAUCCAUAUGUGGUUACAUAUAUGGAUGAGUAUGCAAUGCUUUUAAAGCUAAAGUCAGAUAUUUCCAAGUUAAAUAAGUUAGUACAUGAUAUCCUGAGCGUUGAUCCCACACGGCCUGAAGUUUUUGUGGCCCUGUCUGUUUUGUGGGAAAAGAAAGAUGAGAGAGGAGCUUUAUCCUAUGCUGAAAAGAGCAUCCGCAUUGACGAGAGGCAUGUAGCUGGUUAUAUAAUGAAG